GACAUUUCUGUCGCUUUUGCUUCUUUUCUCUUCCGAGUGCGGAUGCGAGAGACGAGCACGGAGUGACGUGCAGACAAUUCGGGGUGCAAAAAACUAAAAUUCCCGAGCCAGGUUCAACCAUAUCAUUUGACACAAAAUUUUAUGGUUAUUGCGAGCGGCAAGAGUUUACAUUGGUCUUCGAUUUUGAAACGUACAUGAAACCCGUCGAAAUAGAUGAAGGCAAGAAAACCAGAAAAAUAAGUGAGCACAUCCCAUUUUUGUACACAAUCAUUGUCAUUGACCACUUAGGCAACCGAGUGCUCGGCCCGAUUGUGCAUGCAAAUGAUGGAGGGGUUGCAGAGCACUUUAUUACAAAGGUGUUGGAAAUUGAAAAUGAAUUGUUCACGAGGCACAGAAAGGAUUUUCCAAAGCACAUGAGCUAUGAACAAUGGGAAGAAUAUGAUCGAACCACAUCAUGCCAUUUAUGCGGGAAAAAGUUUACCAGCCAUGCCGAAAAGGUGCCGGACCACUGCCACCUGACUCCCACAUUCAACUACAGAAACGCAUUACAUGCGACACCUUGCAACGCGCUCCGCCGCCGCACACACCGAUUGGUCGCAGUGGCACACAAUAGCAACCGGUAUGAUAGCUGUAUAGUCAUGAAGGCGGCCGUGAACCACCCGGCAUUGCAAGACAAAGACAUAAAAGUUAUUCCAAAAACAAAAUCUCACUAUUUGUCAUUCCGUAUCAACUUGGGGGAGAAGGGGCGAGCCAUCGUAUUCAUUGAUUCCUUUCGGCAUUUGAUGAGUGGGCUGGAUACCCUUGUCAAUGGAUUACUACCCUCCGACAAAAUUGUGCUGAAUAAAACUUUCCCUGUACCACACAAAAGAGAUUUGGUGGCAUCCAAGGGAGUUUACUAUUAUGACUACAUUACAGAGUAUGAUCAGUUGUAUGAAACACAACUACCACCCAAAGAAGAAUUUUAUAGCAGAGUGAAAGGUGAGGGUAUUUCGGAUGAAAUGUACGCCCACGCUCAAAAAGUAUUUCAGACUUUUGAGUGCCCAAAUCUGCUUAUUUAUGCUAUUAUUUAUUGCGUAUGCGAUUGUGCAUUACUUUGUGAUGUCAUAAGUUCAUACCGCAGAACGACAUGGGAGACGUUCGGAUUGGAGGCGAUGCGCUUCGUAUCCGGUGCCAGCCUUAGUUGGGCGUGCGCACUAAAGAAGACAAGAGCAGAAAUUUCAUUGAUUUCUGACGCAUCCCACUUUAAUUUCUGCGAAAUGGGCAUUAGGGGUGGGCAGAGUGUGAUAAGCACGAGGUUCGCCCAAGCGAACCAUGAGGAAUGUGAAAAUUAUGACCCCAACGCUCCCAAAUCUUGGAUUUCCUUGUACGACGCUACAGCGCUCUACGGGGGGACGAUGACCAAAUCUCUACCCAUUGGCGAGUUCCAGUGGGUGGGGCCGGAAGAAUAUGACCCAUUGAAAGGGAGUGAAGAAGAUGAAUAUGCCUAUAUAUGGAUGGUGGACACGGAAUACCCUGAAGAAUUACACGCUGCUCAUCGCGAUUUUCCAGCGAUGCCAGAAAGGAUGAAAAUAUCGCAAGAUAUGUUGUCGCCCUUGCAGCAUAGACUUUUGGAGGCAAGCGGUAGAAGAAUGCCUGCCAAUGAUGUCAGAUUGGUGAGUCAUUUGGGCCCCCGCCACAAGUAUGUAUGCCAUUCACUCAUAUUGAAACAAUACCUUGAAAUGGGUAUUAUUGUCACCCGGGUGCACAAAGGAUUAAAGUUCCGGCAGGCCCCAUAUUUGAAGCCAUAUUUGGAAUAUCUCACUGAAAAAAGAGCCGCCGCGAAAAGCGACUUUGAGGCUCAAUAUUUCAAACAAAAAGGAAACGAUAUUUUUGGUUAUUCCUUGAAAUCAUCGCGUCACCAUGUGUCCGUGAUCAUGUGCAGAAAUGAGGAAAAACUGGUAAAAAUGGUGAAAAGUCCUUUUUUUCACAGUUUUGAAAUAUUUGGCCCCGACCUCAUCGCGGUCCAAAUGAAACAAAAGACUGUAAAGCUAAACUAUCCAGUCAGUCUCGGAAUGGCCAUUUUGGACAAGAGUAAAAUCUAUGGUUACAAACUGUACGGCGAAUUAAAAAAGCAAUUGGGCCCCUCUGCACGCUUACUUUGCCACGACACUGAUUGCUGGGGUUUCCAUUACGAAUCGGACGAUUUUGUAAAGACGCAGAGAAGCAUUGCACACAUGAUGGAUUUUUCAAAUUAUCCCCGUGACCAUGAGUUAUACGACGAAUCUAGGAAACGCAUUCCUCUUUUCCUCAAGGAUGAACACCCUGGGAGAAUGGUGACGUCCUUUGUUGGUUUGCGUGCGAAAAACUAUUGCCUCCAGUUUCCAGACGGCAAGCCCGUAAAGAAAUGCAAGGGCGUGCAACGCAGCGCUGCAGAGAAAGGGCUCACAUUUGAAUGUUAUAAAAAGUGCCUCAUUGAAAAUUAUGAAAAAUCCCUAGCUUUUUCUUAUAUUAGACAGGAUGGUAAGCAAACCAUUUACACGUGGGAUACCGUCAAAUGUGCAUUGAGCAAUUUUGACACAAAGCGGUAUUUUUGUCCAGACGGCAUUCACACCGUGCCUCACAACUAUAGAGGCCCGCCUAUCGGGGGGUUAGAGAGAGAGAGGGAGGGGGGAGAGGCGGAGGAAGAGGAUGAAAUGUAAAAAUGUGUUAAUGUACAGUACUGGUUCAUAUCUAUAAGCGCAUGAUGUAUAAAGUCAAAGUUAGAAUAAGGUGACUGCCUCAAAAAAUAUACAAGAUUUGCAAAAUACGCGGUGAGUUUGCGUUUUCGAAUGGCCAUUGUGACUCAACUAAUAAUAAUAAUAAUAAUUACAAUAGUUCUCUAAAUUUUAUUUGUAGGCGUGCGUGCAACCACAUCUUCAGACGGCGUCCAGAACAACAAGAACACGGUCGACACGAUCGUUCGAGCAUUGCGCACAUCACCGGCUAAUGUAUAAAUGAAUGAAUGAAUGAAUGAAUCGUUCCUUGUAAAUAUUAUUUUUACUCUUACAAUAUUAAAAAAAGAAAUCAAUAAAAUUAUGUCUUUUACACCCGAUUUUUCUAUGGUACAUAUUCGGCUCCGUCCGACCGUCCCUGCCUCCCCCUCCUUCAGUAGAUGUUCGUUCGCUCAGUACAAUGGUCGCAUUGUCAUUGGCGCUCGCCCUCACCCUCCUGGCCGCGGGUGCCCUAUGCGAGAAUAAGACAUGUGGUGAUUUGUCAUAUCACACAAACUUAUUCAGGUUGUAUGUGUGUAUAGACGAGCCCUCAUACGAAAAGAUGUACAAGACGUGGAUGGAAUUUUGCGAUAUUCUCGUACCAACGACCAAUUAUACAUUUAUCGAUUUGCAAUCGAAUUGGGAGUCCUUCAGCGGGUAUCGAGAAAUAAAACCCCAGAGGCGGGACGAGGGCGCUUCAGUGUGCGACGUAGAGCCGAGCAUAGUGGGUGCGGGAGCCGUAUUGGGAGCAUUGUGUUCGUCUUUGCUUUACGCGUGUGUGUACACUUUUCAAAAACAUGGAAGAGUAAUUUAUCAUGUCAGCAGAGUCCGUCGAGUUGCCCAGUGCACUCAAGUUUAAGUCGCCUUUUACCUGUUCCGUAAUUGGUGGGAGCCAGUCGGGGAAAACUAGCUUGGUUUUAGAUAUUAUAAGAAACCGUGAAAAAUUGAUUUCUGGCGAAUUUUCCAAGUUUUAUUGGGCGCUCCCCGAGGACUCGCCGAUACCGAGCAAGGUGGCCACCCACGAGCCGGCGUUCAGUAUAAUCCGAGGCCCGCCCGACGACAGAUCUCUGCAGGAAGAUUCAGUCAUUGUGAUCGACGACCUCGGCUCACGGUGUCAAUCUGAGGCCAUCGCGCGUCUGUUUACCAUUACGAGCCAUCACCGGCGCGUGUCCGUGUUCCUCAUUCUCCACAAUUGUUUCCCGAAGGGGCCCUACAGCCGUGACAUCGCCCUGAGCACCGUGUAUUGUCUCCUGACCAAAAAUCCACGAAGUCCGACAUCCUUCCGGCACCUGGCGUCCCAAUUGGUCGGCCGUGGAGUAAACA